CACACUCGUUUUCUUCAACUCCGAAAAUGGCCGCCACGCACUCCUCCACCACAUCUUCAUAAAUCUCUCUAUUCAAAGUUUCAAACCCUACCACAAUAUUUCUCUCUGAUUUCGAUUUCCCCUAAUAUUCUGAUUCGCUCCGCCUCGCCCUUACACUCCGAUCUUUAUCUUUCUUCUCUCUCUGACUUUUGGACCAACCGAGGCGAGAGAGCUCAGAGAGAGAGAGAGAGCUAGGGUUUCGUGUUUGCGAUGGGAGACGCGAUUGUGGACGAUCUCAUACGGCGGCUGGUGUCGGCGAAGAGCGGCCGGACGACGAAGCAGGUGCAGAUGACGGAGGCGGAGAUACGGCACCUCUGCACCACCUCCAAGGAGAUCUUUCUCAGUCAGCCCAACCUUCUCGAACUCGAAGCUCCCAUCAAGAUUUGCGGAGAUGUUCAUGGUCAGUUUUCUGAUCUUUUACGGUUGUUUGAGUAUGGUGGGUACCCACCUGAGGCCAACUAUUUAUUCCUGGGGGACUAUGUUGAUCGUGGGAAGCAAAGCAUAGAGACAAUAUGCCUUCUCCUUGCGUAUAAGAUUAAAUACAAGGAAAACUUCUUCCUCCUAAGAGGCAACCAUGAAUGUGCUUCCAUCAACCGUAUAUACGGGUUCUAUGAUGAGUGCAAGAGAAGAUUUAAUGUUCGUAUUUGGAAGGUUUUUACUGAGUGCUUCAACUGUCUGCCUGUGGCUGCUCUUGUUGAUGAGAAGAUCCUCUGCAUGCAUGGUGGUCUAUCUCCUGAUUUGAAAAAUCUAGAUCAGAUUAGAAAUAUUGCCCGCCCAGUGGAUGUACCAGAUCAGGGACUUCUCUGUGAUCUUUUGUGGGCUGAUCCUGAUAAAGAUGUUGAUGGUUGGGGAGAGAAUGAUCGUGGUGUGUCAUUUACAUUUGGGGCUGACACGGUUGCUGAAUUUCUCCAGAAACAUGAUCUUGAUCUUGUCUGCCGUGCUCACCAGGUUGUGGAAGAUGGAUAUGAGUUUUUCGGAAAGAGGAAGCUGGUGACUAUAUUUUCAGCGCCAAAUUACUGUGGCGAAUUUGAUAAUGCUGGUGCCAUGAUGAGUGUGGAUGAUACAUUGACAUGUUCCUUCCAGAUCUUGAAAGCAUCUGAGAAGAAAGGAAAGUUUGGUGUAGGCAGCAACAUGUUAAGACCAGGAACUCCACCUCAUAAGGGCAAGGGCUGAUUGAUUUCAGAAGCAUUAACAGUAAUCCUGAGAAGAAUAUCUUCUGCAUCCUCUUUGGUGCGUGGCAUUAUAUCAGUUGCAAGGUUGAUAAUUCAACAAUGCCUCGUUUCGUUUGAGAGUGAAGAUGCAAAGCUACAUCUACAUGUGUCAAAAGAGCCUUUAGUGUCCGAGAUUGAUGCACCUUGAUGCACCUUUCUUCGGCAAAGAAAUUGAAAAAUUAGAUUGAACUGUAUGAUUGAGAUUCUGAUUUUGUUUUGUUGAAUUUUAGAAGUUUUUAUUUGAGGGAACCAGAUUUUCUGUUGCUUACGAUUUUAGUUAACUCGUACUGUAAGAGUAUUGUUCUUCCU